AUGGCCUCUGUGCAGAAGAAUGGGAAGCACACAUGUGGAGGAUUCCUGAUCACUGCAGACUUUGUGCUAACAGCUGCACACUGUGACAAAAGGUAGAGUAGCCUAACUCAAUUUCAACUGUACAUUUCAAAAAGUAGUAUAUAAUUUCAAGUGUCCAUACUACUCAACAGACUGAUAAACAAUGUUUUUUUCUGCUCCUCGUUUAGCAACUUGACUGUCAUUGGUACCCACAACAUCAAGAAGGGCCCAGAGAUGGCUGUCAGAUACAGCGUGGAACACAAAUGCAAUCCCAACUAUGAAGAUGUUGACACUGGUAAUGACAUCAUGCUUCUGAAGAUAGGCCUAUAGUGAGAUAUUUGUUUCAAUAGGAUAUGUCUUUAUAUUAUUAUUUACACUAUUAUUAAGUGUUCAUCUUAAUAGGUCAUAUGCAUUCAUCAGUAAUUGCUAACACUACAGAUUCCCACGUUUUGGCCUACACGUGUUUCAAGCUGUCUAGGGAAGCUAAAUCAAGCAAAGUUGUGAAAACAGGGAAAAUUCAAGGACCAAGUCAUCAAACCCAACACCAAGUGCAUUGUCAAUGACCUUCAAGUGGUGGACGUGACUACCAUUGUCCUGAAGGUCUGCCAGAAGGAUUGGCGUAAACUUUCUCCCAAAGUCAUCUGUGCAGGUGGAUACCUGACCAAGAACGGCUUUUGUCAGGUUUGUUUAACUCCUCAAAAAUAUAUAAUAUUGAGUCAAAAAAUUGUAGGAAGACAAUGUGAUGUUCAUACAUGUGUAGCCUACAUCAUACAUGCACCAAAGCACCUAAAUGGGCCAAUUUUUGACUGGUAUGUAACCUACAAGGUAUCAUCAUCUCUCCCACAGGGGGAUUCUGGUGGUCCUUUGGUGUUCAAUGGAAAGGCUGUGGGUCUCAUCUCCUUCAACUCGGAUGUAAACUGUGACUAUCCGUACAUGCCCAAUGUCUAUAGUCAGAUUUCCAAGUUCUUACCCUGGAAGAAGGUCAUCAACAAGAAAAUAUGUUAGGAUUUAUCCUGCAAAAUGAAUGUGCUAAUAACCUAGUUUUGUUUGCAGCCCAAUUCUUUUUUAUAUUAAUACCUAUUGGUACUCCUGAUGUCUUUCUUAAAUUGUUACAUUGGAUGUCUAUCUUUAUCGUCUAUGUUUAAUGCAUAACAAUUACCAUGUACGUAGUGUAAGGGAAAUAAAUGUGUGCUUAACAGAACAGAGUGAAAUGGCUUGUGAUCAGUAUAAAGAAUUGCAUACACAUCAGAUAGAAUGUCAUGUUUGUUAUACUUAAACAGUUUUGCAGUCUAUUCAAACCUGCGAAUGCUGGGCAAGGUUUACAUGAGAAAAUCAUGGUAAACACCACUAUGUCCCAACAAUGCCAACAGAAGUUAGUGGUAGCUUCUCAUUGCACAAGUAUUUGCAGCGAUAGCACAACAUGGAGCCUUUGUAAUUUGCUUUCCAACAUAAUGCUUCUGCAUGUUUGAGUAUCAUCAUAAAUAAAUUACAUAAACUUGAACUGAUGCUUGCUCUAAUGUUUUUGAUAAAAUAUUGAGAUUCAAGGGAAAUCUCUAUACAAUCAUACCAGCCAGCAGAGACUAGCCAUGAUUUCCUAAUAUCACAACCAUCUUUUCUCAGAGUACACCAUCAAGCAACACUUGAAACCAUAAAGCCACAGCAAAAUAUUGGUAAACACGUUCUGUGUGUGGCAAUGGGGAACAAAGACCCAGUACAAUGGGGAACAAAGACACCCCCCCCCCUCCAAAAAAAAAAUAUAAUAUUGAGUUUAAAAAUUGUAGGAAGACAAUGUGAUGUUCAUACAUGUUGUAGCCUAUAUCAUACAUGCACCAAAGCACCUAAAUGGGCCAAUUUUGACUGGUAUGUAACCUACAAGGUAUCAUCAUCUCUCCCACAGGGGGAUUCUGGUGGUCCUUUGGUGUUCAAUGGAAAGGCUGUGGGUCUCAUCUCCUUCAACUCGGAUGUAAACCGUGACUAUCCGUACAUGCCCAAUGUCUAUAGUCAGAUUUCCAAGUUCUUACCCUGGAAGAAGGUCAUCAACAAGAAAAUAUGUUAGGAUUUAUCCUGCAAAAUGAAUGUGCUAAUAACCUAGUUUUGUUUGCAGCCCAAUUCUUUUUUAUAUUAAUACCUACUGGUACUCCUGAUGUCUUUCUUAAAUUGUUACAUUGGGUGUCUAUCUUUAUUGUCUAUGUUUAAUGCAUAACAAUUACCAUGUAUGUAGUGUAAGGGAAAUAAAUGUGUGCUUAACAGAACAUAGUGAAAUGGCUUGUGAUCAGUAUAAAGAAUUGCAUACACAUCAGAUAGAAUGUCAUGUUUGUUAUACUUAAACAGUUUUGCAGUCUAUUCAAACCUGCGAAUGCUGGGAAAGGUUUACAUGAGCAAAUCAUGGUAAACACCACUAUGUCCCAACAAUGCCAACAGAAGUUAGUGGUAGCUUCUCAUUGCACAAGUAUUUGCAGCGAUAGCACAACAUGGAGCCUUUGUAAUUUGCUUUCCAACAUAAUGCUUCUGCAUGUUUGAGUAUCAUCAUAAAUAAAUUACAUAAACUUGAACUGAUGCUUGCUCUAAUGUUUUUGAUAAAAUAUUGAGAUUCAAGGGAAAUCUCUAUACAAUCAUACCAGCCAGCAGAGACUAGCCAUGAUUUCCUAAUAUCACAACCAUCUUUUCUCAGAGUACACCAUCAAGCAACACUUGAAACCAUAAAGCCACAGCAAAAUAUUGGUAAACACGUUCGGUGUGUGGCAAUGGGGAACAAAGACCCAGUACAAUGGGGAACAAAGACACCCCCCCCCCCCCCCCUUACAUUUUUAUAACCGAGAGGUGUACCAUGCCAUUUGUCCAUAUGCACUAUGGCAAUCCGCUCAGUGGUUCUUCACAUAGUGCUGAUCAUCGCCUUAAAUGGUAAGGCAUGUUUAAAUUAAAUUACACACUAACUUCCAUUAGCACUGAACUGACUGCAGCAUGCAGACUAAUAUAUAAGUAUAAAAGUAUAGUACUAGUUAUGAAAAGUAUAUUUCACCAAUUUCAAUGCUUCUGCAUACAGCUCUAAAGGCAGUUCAUAUUCUAUUUGGCAGUAGUGAAUACUGACAUACCAUUUGUUGUAAUCUGUGCAGAUACAGUAGCAAUACAGAGCUGUAGACAAAAGCUAUAGAAAAAGUAAUCUCUACUUUCUGUUCAAAGGCACUGAUGGGCGCAAGGUGCCGAAGGUGGGUAUUGUUGGUGGAAGAGAGGCAGCUCGUAACUCUCGUCCUUACAUGGCUUCCUUACAGUCCCGAGGUCAACACGAUUGUGGAGGAGUUCUGGUGAGAGAGGAUUUUGUCCUCACCGCUGCUCACUGUGACGGGUGAGAAUCUCUAUUAAACAUAUAACAAGUCUCUCAGAAUCUCUCAAACUAAUUUAUUUCAAUGUUGUUUAAAAAAAAUAUUUUAUACAACUUUUUUUGACAAUAACCAAAAAUCAUACAUAGACAAAAACAAUAGACAACUUAAAAUGUACAUACAUUUCAACAAACAUUAAUGAUAUCACACUUGCUCAGACCCACAUUUUCCCACUGUCUCCACACCCAAUGUUGUUUCCAAUGCUUGUGAGACUCUGCCCCAUAUGACUUCAGAUUGUGUUAUGUUGUUUCUGUCUGUAGCCAGAUUUCUUUCAAUAUUUCAAUAAAGCAUUUGAUUCUUCCAUUCUCUUAACGAUGGAGUAUCAUUUCACUUCCAGUAUUUAAGUAAUAGCUUCUUCAAUAUAAGUGACAAAAAUAAUAGUCCAACCAAUUGGGUAUCUCACCGCACCCUCGAGGAUAUGCCAUGUCUUGAAAUAUGCUGAAAGACGGAUUAAAAGUACAUUUACAUUGUAAAACUUCUGACAGCCAGGUUUCUAACUCUGCCCAUAACAGGACUUUAUAGCACUCACAGAAGUCAUGAAUUAUUGAGUCAUUGUUAAGUCAUGACUCUGCCGUUGUGCUGUAGAAUUUGUGAAUUUUGUCUCUUGUAUAAUACAUUCUCUACAUGAGUUUAUAUUAAGCGUACAUUUUUGUUAACUCUAAUUUUGUUCAUUAUGUUCCAACACUCCCUCCAUCUUGUGCCAAUAUCAGUUAUUUUUAAAUCUUAGUUCCAAUAGUUAAUAUUUUUUUCUAAGAGAUUGUCAGUUGGAUAGGCUCUAAGCAAGGUUUUUACAUCUUACCUAUCACACAAGUAUAUUUUUCUGACUCAAAUAGGAUUCCCUCAACAUUGCUCUGAUGUCCAAAAGCUUUCAGGUGGAAAUGUCGUGAUAUUAAACUUUUAAACUUUUAAUUGUGGGCCAAUUUAUCAGUGAAUUCUGAAAAGCUAGCCAAGGAUUGCUCCAUUGUUUUUAGGGAGUGAUAUUGGUUCUUGUAGAAUCCAUUUCAUUUUAUUCCCUACUGUUAUAGUGUUCUUAACUAUGAAGUUGUUAAUGUUCUUAGCUUUUUCCUUUGAAAAUAGACACGUGAAAACAUUCUGGGUAUGAGCAUGUGAAUCUUCAAUACGUACACAUUGUUCCUCUUUAGUGCAUUUAACAAUAUGUCGCAAAUAAAAGCCUUGUGUGCCGAGUUAAUACAAUUCCAAGUCUGGAAGGUUAAAACCACCUUCAGACUUAGGAAGAUGUAAAACUUUCCUUUUUAGUUUAUUAGUUUUAUUUGCCCAUAUAAAGUCUGCUAUGACCGAGUAUACUUUUUUAAAGAAUGUCUUUGGUUGGGUAAUUGGUAUUACCGAAAAUAAAUAUAAAAACUUUGGGAGCCAUGCCAUUCUAAAAAGGUUUAUUUUACCUGUAAGAUUUAUGGGAAGAUUGUUCCAUUUAAUUAGAUCUGCUUUCAUGUUGUUGAGUAAUGGGAUAAAGCAAUCUUUAUAUAUUUGUUGUUUGUUGUCACUUAUUAAGCAUCCUAAGAAUUUACAGUAAGAUUUUUUUUGGUCCAGUUAAAGGAUUGCUGUAAAUCAUGAGUUACUAUUUAUCUUAUUGCCAUUACAUUAUUUCAGUUUUUUCCACAUGUAUUUUAUAUUCUGAGAUUUUAGAGUAUUCUGAAAAUAUUUUUAACAAGGGGGGAAUUGAGUUUUCCAUAUUUGUCAGGUACAUCAGGAGAUAAUCGGCAAAAAAGUUUAGUUUAUACUCAUGUUAAUCAAUACUGAUAGCUGUUACAUUUGAGUCCUGUCUAAUUCUUUCUGCAAGUAGUUUAAAUGCCAGUGCAAACAGUGAGGGGGGGGGGGGGGGGGGGGGGGCAUCCCUGUCUUGUGCCCCUUUCUAAAGGAAAUUAAUCAGAUAAUGUAUCAUUUGUGUAUAUUUUAGCUUUAGGACAUUUAUAUAAUAUUUUCAUGACAUUUAUUAUUUCAAAUGGAAAGUUGAAGGCUUCCAAAGUUUUGAAUAGAAAAGGCCAUUCAAGACAGUCGAAAGCCUUUUCGGUAUCAACAGCCAUUAUUGAUACAUCUACAUCUUGUUUUUUAGCGUAUUGUAUUAUACCGAAACAUGUUCUUGUAUGUUUGUAUCUAUUUUUAAUCAACCCUGUUUGCUUAACAUGUAUCAAGUCUGGGAAGACUUUUGCCAUUCUGUUGCUUAUGAGUUUUGUUAUGAUUUUAUUGUCACAAUUUAUCAAAUUUAUGGGUCUGUAAUCUGCAGGGGACUCUCCAGAUUUUCCUGGUUUUAAUAUAACUGAGAUAACUGAUUGAUACAUGGAACUAGGAAGCACUGAAUUGAGUGACGUGUGUUGUCAUUUGAGUAAAUAGGGGCGCUACUUUGUCCCAGAAUGUUAAGUACAAUUCUAUGAGAAAGCCGUCCAUACCUGGUGCUUUUCUCUGAGCGAAUGCUUUAACAGUGUCUAAUAUUUAUUUUUUGCUGAUUUCUAUUAAGGGUGUGUAUUUUUUGUCUGCUGAUAGUUGCUUCCGGGUUGUUGAGUCUAAGAAUGUAGUAGGAUCUGUCCAAAUGUAUUUCAAUGUUAUUACACUAGUCUCUCAAGGUAAAUACACAAGUAAAUUCUUUCAUGCACUGAUUUUCAGGCGUUACAGGGUGGUUCUUGGGGCUCACGACUUGUCAGAGGAUGAAAAUUCACAACAAGUAUUGGAUGUGGUUAAAUACAUUCCACACCCCAGGUAUGGGGACAACCUGGAGAAUGACGUCAUGCUUCUCAAGGUGAGUGACAACAAGGACAUAGCCUACAAUAAUAUCCAUGAUGAUACUGACUUCAUUGUAGGUUUAAAGUCCAUGAAUAAUACAUACAAAAUAAUAUAUAUAAUCAUAGCCUAUAUACACUCAGUGGCCAGUUCAUUAGGUACACCCAUCUAGUAUCGGGUCAGACCCCCCUUUGCCUCCAUAACAGCCUGAAUUAUUCGGGGCAUGGCAUUCAAUCGUUGCUCAAUUGGUAUCAAGGGAUCUAACGUGUGCCAGGAAAACAUUCCCCACACCAGUACACCACCGCCACGAGCCUGUACUGUUGACACCAUUUACAUUUACAUUAUUUAGCAGACGCUCUUAUCCAGAGCGACUUACAGUUAGUGCAUACAUUAUUCUUUUUUUUUAUUUUUCAUACUGGCCCCCCGUGGGAAUCGAACCCACAACCCUGGCGUUGCAAACGCCAUGCUCUACCAACUGAGCUACCUCCCUGCCGGCCAUUCCCUCCCCUACCCUGGACGACGCUGGGCCAAUUGUGCGCCGCUGGGCCAAUUGUGGACACCAGGCAGGAUGGGUCCAUGGACUCAUGCUGCUUACGCCAAAUCCUGACUCUGCAAUCAGCAUGACGCAACAGGAACCAGGACUCGUCGGACCAGGCAAUGUUUUUCCACUCCUCAAUCGUCCAGUGUUGGUGAUCGCAUGCCAACUAGUUUUUAUCUGAUAGGAGUGGAAUCCGGUGUGGUCGUCUGCUGCAAUAGCCGUGACAAGGAUCUACGAGUUGUGCGUUCUGAGAUGCCGUUCUGCACACCACUGUUGUACUGUGCCGUUAUUUGUCUGUUUGUUAGCUUGCACGAUUAUUGCCAUUCUCCUUCAACCUCUCUCAUCAACGAGCUGUUUUCGCCCACAGGACUGCUGCUGACUGGAUGUUUUUUGUUUGUCACACCAUUCUCGGUAAACCCUAGACACUGUCGUGUGUGAAAAGCCCUGGAGGGCGGGCGUUUCUGAGACACUGGAUCUGGCGUGCCUGGCACCUACAAUCAUACCACGCUCAAAGUCGCUUAGGUCACUUGUUUUGCCCAUUCUAACAUUAAAUUGAACAGUAACUGAAUUCCUAGAUGCCCGUCUGCCUGCUUUAUAUAGCAAGCCACGGCCACGUGACUCACUGUCUGUAUGAGCGAUCCAUUUUCGUGAACGGGGUGGUGUACCUAAUAAACUCGCCACUGAGUGAAUAUUUACAACAUAUAUCUGAAUACAUACAGAUUAUGUAUACAGUGUGCUAUCUCUGUGAUAUUUCUUAGUUGAGAGGGAGGGCCACCCUGAACAGAGCAGUGCAGCUGAUCCCUCUGAUGAAUGGUUCGAUGGCUGAGGGAAGCAUGUGCACCACGGCUGGCUGGGGGGACAUAGAUGAUAACGACAACUCACCAGACAAGCUGCAGGAGGUCAAUGCCACCAUCAUCCCACCCAGAGAGUGUGCCCGCAAGUGGAGUGGCAUCAACAUCUCCAGCCGCGUGGUGUGCGCAACAGGCCCCAGCGCUUUCCAAGGCUUCUGCUCGGUAUGA